AUGCAGGCGCAUCAGUCUGCGGCUGCCAACUCGGACGAGUUUGUGACAGAGGCCUUUAUCACGCUGGAGCAGGUCUCCGUCCUCGUUCACGAGCUGGUGGUGGCCGAGGUCUGGGCCGACUCGGUCCUGCCCGAGGUCAUUGCUGCUGCGCGCGAGAUAGACGAUACAACGAGUGCAGACGGCAACACCUCAACGGUCAAGCCGUACUUGGUCGUCUUUCACCAGGCUACCCUCGCCAAUCUCCUCGAGAUCCUGCUGUUCUCACAGGCGGCCGCACUCUCGCUGACCGAGGAGGCACUCAUCGAGCUCGCCGACUGGUGCAUGCGCAAGCUGGCGUGGCUCAACUCGGCAGAGGCGAGCAACCACGGGCCAGAGGUCCCUGUCACCUCAGCAGACGAGCUUCUUGCUGAGGAUCCGUGGGCGACACUCGCCAAGCAGGCGGCCAAGGUCCAGUUUGACGUCGCCGUCAUCUCGGUCACCCUCCUCCGCUACCUCUCGCAGUAUGUGACUGACCUGCCUGUCGCCCUCUCAUCGCGGCUGAUGCGGGUCCAUGAUGCCCCGCUCUCGCUUGUGCCGCUCAUCCACUCCCCGCCCUGGGUCACGUCCGCGCCGGUCAAAACCAAGAAGGGUAAGACCAAGAUCAAGCUCCACAAGUACAUCGACGGCAGCUGGCGCCCGCUCUCGUCCGGCGAUGUUGCGCUCCUUUCAAAGACCGAGAUCCAGGUCUGGCUCACGCUGUACAACCUGCUCAUGGAGCCGUCGCUGAGGUCGGCGUACGCGUUCAACUCGUCCAAAAACUCGGUCCUCACUUCGCUCACCGGCGCCCUCACCCAGCCGGUUCUGGACCAGAUCCCGAUACUCGCCCCGUUUGCGCGCUUCCUCCACGAGCUCACGCUCUCGACGCCGCCUGCCGCCACUGCUACGCCCCCAGUCAUGCGGAACCACGUGCUCUCCGAGCUUGGCGACCAGCCUGCACUGCUUGCGCAGGCCUUUGUCGACGCCAUGAUCGACGACUCGCCCGACACCAUCGCCGCCUACAUGUCUGGCCUGGCUGACACCUACUCGCUCGACAAUCUCGAGGACGUACUUGACCCGCCACGCUGCGUUGUCUGCGGCGACGACGCCGUCAACCGCUGCUCCCGCUGCAAGGCCGAGUGGUACUGCGGCCGCGAGUGCCAGGUCGCUGCCUGGAAGGACCACAAGCCGCUCUGCGACCUCAUCGCCUCUGCCGUCACCCCGCAGUAGUUGCCUUCAAUUGACGCUCACCUGCGGGCCAUUGCUCUCGACGCGCUCGCCAGCACCCCCG